ACAUCUAGUGAUGGCGGCACCCGCAUGUGUUUGGCUGCGGCAGCAGGCAGCUAGAGUUGCCGGCUCUAUGCUCUUUGUGCGCCCUUAAUUCCUUAUGAACACGCGUCGUACUGCUUGUUGUUGAGUCGUUAAUGAUGCGUGCGUUCCACCCCCUGCGAAGUUUUCGACAAGCGUCACAGUGACCGACCACCACGCGAGCUGUUUCAUUACGCGUGCCUUGUGUUUAGAAGUUUACCAUGCUCCAGUGUUUACGAGAGUCUGCCCUGCUUCUGUUAGCGUUGCGAAGAUGCCGGACAGUUUGCUGCCAUCGUGCGUGCGCUACAAGGCGAUCGUACUGCACACGUUCAGCGCGCACACAAAACUCUGCAUCACGGGCAGCCAGUGGCGACGUCGCCGAUUCUGCAACCAGAAGCGGAGUGGCAUGUAAUGAGAAUGAGUCUUUGACUCUACACUCAGCAAGCAGGUUAGCAGAAGCCCAGACGGCUGCUGCUGCUGCCCUGAGGAACACGUUCUCGUGGCGGACUCACACGUGUGGUGAACUGCGGCCAGAGCACAUCGGCCAGGAGGUGACGCUGUGCGGUUGGCUGGCCUUCAAGCGCAUGGACCGGUUCUUGCUCCUCAGGGAUGCCUAUGGUAUCACCCAGGUUUUACUGCCAGACGAAGGGGCAGAGUCGGCAAAAGCCCAGCUCGAGUGCCUGCCGCUGGAGUCCGUGGUGCAGGUGACGGGCCGGGUGGUGUGCAGGCCUCCCAACCAGUGCAAUCCGCGCCUGAGCACAGGGCAGGUGGAAGUUGUGUGCCAGCAGCUGCAGCCAUUGAACAAGGCACGGUCCGACCUUCCCUUCCUGCCCAGGGAAUACCAACAGAAGCGGGAACCAUUGCGGCUGCGCUACCGCUACCUGGACCUGCGCUCUUCGGAGAUGCAGCAGCACCUGCGCUUUCGCUCAGAUCUCAUUCUGCGCAUGCGUCAGUUCCUGGCACAGCAGUGCGGUUUUGUAGAAGUGGAGACACCAACAUUGUUCAAGAGAACUCCUGGAGGUGCCCAGGAGUAUGUAGUGCCCACUCGAUUCCCCGGCCAGUUCUACGCACUUGUCCAGAGCCCGCAGCAGUUCAAGCAGCUGCUGAUGGUGGGCGGCCUGGACCGGUACUUCCAGGUGGCUCGCUGCUACCGCGAUGAAGGAGCACGUCCUGACCGCCAGCCUGAGUUCACGCAGCUGGACCUGGAGAUGUCGUUUGCCACUGCAGAUGACAUCAUGCAGCUAACAGAAACCCUGCUUGCAGCCUCUUGGCUUCGACCACCUGUGGCAGCAACCCAAGAGGACCAGCUGGAUGGGGAUUGCACCCCCUGCCUGCAGACACCCUUUCCUAGCAUGACGUACGCCGAGGCUAUGCAGCGGUACGGCACUGAAAAGCCUGAUCUGCGCCUGCCUGACAUGCUGAUACACGAUGUGACCAGUAUACUGCGUGCUGAAGCAUCAUCCAACCUUUCUGGUGCCCUGUCAAGCUCCACAUGGACAGAAGGCAGCUCAGUGCAGGCGAUUGCAGUGCCUCAGGGAGCGGGUGUGUUGCGGAGACGCCAUCUGGAAGCAUUCAAAGUAUUGGCCAAGCGGCAGCUACAAUUUCAGGGGGUCAUUGUGGAGGUGCCUGUGCCUGGGGCAGAGCCAGCCUCCGAGAGCAAGAAGAAGCAGCUGCUGCCGUCGGAGACAGUGGGACAGAUUGCAGCCGUGCUAGAUGCCCGCCCAGGGGAUAGCCUCCUACUGUGCGCUGGCAAGACAGACUCUGCGCAAGAAGUACUGGGACGUCUUCGACUGGAGGUGCAUGAGGUGUUGUGCGAAAGUGGCUUGGCCCAGCGACUACAGCCGGAUGACUUCCGCUUCCUGUGGGUGACCGACUUCCCGCUCUUCUGCCUGGACACAGACCGGUCCAUGAAAUCCAGUCACCACCCGUUCACUGCACCUCAUCCUGAUGAUGCCCACCUGCUGUACACGGAGCCGCUAAAGGUCAGGGGUCAGCACUACGACCUUGUCCUCAAUGGCUGGGAGGUGGCAGGAGGCUCCAUCCGCAUCCAUCAUGCACCAACCCAGAGACACGUGCUCACAAACAUCUUGCAGGAAGAUGACCGGGAGCUGAGCCACCUGUUGGAAGCCCUCGAGUCGGGAGCACCCCCACACGGUGGCAUUGCCCUUGGGUUGGACAGGCUGGUGUGUUUGGCCUGCGGGGUACCCAGCAUACGGGACGUCAUUGCCUUUCCCAAGUCGGCAGAGGGUCGUGACUUGUUGGGUGGCGCACCCGCACCAAUCGACCCACAGGAGCGGCAGCUCUACCACUUGGGCACCGCACCUGCGCCGUCCUGCAAUGAGAAGCAAGUACCUCACUUCAACCAAGAAUAGUUGAAUGACAUCGCAAGCCAGGAGUAGACCAAAGCUCUUUUGCGACCAAACAGAAUGAGCUAUAGGAAACUGUGUGUGCUCGACCAGUCAUUAAUGCAUCAGAAAGCAUCAUGGCUGUUAUUGUCAUCAACGUAGACGGUCCUGUGGGCUGCAGUAGUGUCCUUCAAUCAGCUGUCAUCAUAACUAAGACACAUGACAUGGCUAGUCAUGGCUGACUUCUUGGAGGCACUUAGUGGCAAAAAAAAAGUUGCUGAGAUGAUACCUGUGGAACACAAUGUGAUCAUUUUUUCCCAUGGUUUCUGUUGUGCACUGUUGUCACAGUGGAUGAAGAGUUUGUUUUAAUUCUUCUCAAUUGUAUAAAAGACAUUUAUCUAGGUUCCUGCACCUAAUAAUUAUAUGUGCAGUAAGAGAUGACACUGAUCAUCUCUUGUUCGCACAGCAAGCUUCUCUGUGAAUAUACCAAGUGAAUGGAGUUUUUGUAGAAAGUGACUGAGCAUUAUCUAGUGUGCUUUGGUGCACCAAGUCUUCUGUCGAUGUUGCACCAUUUAUAAGCCAUGUUGACAACAGUUGUACAUCACUCUCACCUUGUGACUACCUUGUCAGCUGGCUUUCAACUUACAUCGAUACAGUACUGUCUCGCUCAUAGUCUUGUUUGUAACCAGAGAUUAAUAAAGUAUAAUGGAAGCUUG